UUCACAGGUCGCCUACUAGAGAUAGCGAGCACAUCUUCCGCGUCCUUUCCCCUUCAGUGAACCAGCUUUUCCGCUGGGGCUUCCUUAUCGCCAUAGCAACAGGAUUAGAAGUACUACAGCUAAACUGUAAGUGUUAGCGUUUACCUCUGCGUCACUGAGUCACUUUAUUUUUGUCCUGUGCAAUGUUUUAAAAGUUACAGGAUUGUCAGUGUGAAGCUACAAAUAUAUAUAUAUAUAUAUAAAAUGAAUAAUAGUAAUUAAUAAUAAUAAUGUUAUUAAUGUAGGUCUUUUAUUUCCCGGAGCUCAGACGCUGGAGGAGGACGUACACCGGUCGUCUCGUCCUGUCCCCCACCCCACCCCCACCCCCGUUUCUCCUUCACACUGGUGAGACACUUCAGCAGUAACGGACAUCACGUUAGUGACGUCAUAAGUUCUUCGUUGCCGAGGCAACGAUGACUCGAGGACACUUGACGAAACUCAUCCGCAGUCUGAAAUUAAGAACCCUGUAGAGUGAACAUGUUUUAAACAUCAACCCUUACAGCUCCUCGUACAGCUUCAGAAACACUGAUCAGACACACACACACACACACACACACACACACACACACACACACACGCGCGUACACACACGCGUACACGCACACGCUCUCUCUCUUUCUUUCGAUGAUUUAUGCACCGUGCUGACAUUUUUUUCAUAUUUCUACAUUUAUUCCUAAAGCUCGCCGCAGUUACUUUCUGGAAUCUUCUACACGCACGAAUGUGAAAUCUCGACUGCGUAAAUAUUGGCACCUUUUUUCUUUUUUUUUCUUAACUCGUGCAACCAGAAAACGUCAGUUAUUUAGCUAAUACGGAAGAAAAAAAAGAAGUCUAGCUACAGUGUGUUGAAUAAAAACAUGAUUCUGAGUCACGGAAGAAAUAAGCGAGGGAUAAAAACAACACGCGUGCUGUGACAGGGGAAAACUCCUCACUUAUUCUCGCGAGAUAAACACUGUGUUUAACAAUAUUUAUAGCGCAUUAAGAAAGGGGGCGCAAACUUUUGCAUUUAAUUACGUGUGUGAAUACUAAUCAUCUAAAGAAGAGAUCUGCAGUCAGUCGACAUUUCAGUCUUGUCGCACACACCUGAGAUCACACACACACACACACACACACACACACACACACACACACACACACACACAGUGUGAAAUGCAGUGAACUCAGCGGGGCACAGUUUCCUCCAUUACACUGAUUUAUUCGGCCCAGAUAUAGACAGACAGAAUGGUGUGUGUGUGUGUGUGUGUGUGUGUGUGUGUGUGUGUGUGUGUGUGUUAAUCAGUUCAUCAGGUUUUUGCUGCCCAGCAGAUUCAGAGGAAUUGAGCGAUCAUUUGUGAGGCACUUAGUCCUGAUUCACUAAUCACACACACACACACACACACACACACACACACACACACACACACACACACGAUUAAUAACACCAAUAAAGUACAUUUUCAGGGCACUAAACGAGUCGAUUAAUCUCUGAGUUUGUUGAGGUUAUUGGCAGGAAGAAAAUAGUCAGCAAGUGUGAAGAAGGAAAAGAGGAAGAAGAUAAAGACAGAAAAAUGGAAAAGUCACAGAAGGUGAGAGAAAGGAGAGAGAGAGAAAGGAAGACGGAAGGAGAGAGAGAAAAGAGGAAGACGGAAGGAGAGAUAGAGAAAAGAGGAAGACGGAAGGAGAGCGAGAGCGAAAAGAGGAAGACAGAAGGAGAGAUAUAGAAAAGAGGAAGACGGAAGGAGAGCGAGAGAGAAAAGAGGAAGACGGAAGGAGAGAGAGAGAAAAGAGGAAGACAGGAGAGAGAGAAAAGAGGAAGACAGAAGGAGAGAGAGAGAAAAGAGGAAGACGGAAGGAGAGAUAGAGUAAAGAGGAAGACAGAAGGAGAGAGAGAGAGAAAAGAGGAAGACAGGAAUGGAAGAGUGACGGAAGGAAAGAGGCUAAACGAGGAAGGAAGACAGAGAGACAGUAAAAAGAGGGAGGAAAAAAGAAGAGAGAGACAGAAAUCCAUGUGCACUUUGCAGGUGCUGAAAAACAUAUCGCUGCUCAGAACUCCUCAAAUGACACACACACUUACAGCAAAUGUGUGUGUGUGUUGUGCGUGUGUGUGUGUGUGUGUGUGCGUGUGCGUGUGUGUGUGUGUGUGCACUCAAUAAGAAGCUAUUCCAGUCACUCCAGGUGUCUUGUCUCCUGCUCCUUACACACUUCACUCUCUCUGAACCAAGUGUGUGUGUGUGUGUGUGUGUGUGUGUGUGGCAUGUGGUGAAGGGUGAUGGAGUGUGUUUGGGGUUUAAUAGCGGCAGGAAAAAAAAUUAUCACUUGUUAGUCCACACACACACACACACACACACACACACACACACACACCUUCCUUCCUGUUUCCUUCCAUCUUCACAAGCAGCAGAAUUGCUGGAACGUUGCCUUUUGUUUACUUGUUUAUCUCCAGUCUUCCUCCUCGAGCUCUUCGUAAUGUGAGCGUAAAGAUUUCAAACACACCACGAGGCGUUCUUCAUCAUCAUCAUCAUCAUCUCCAUCAUCAUCAUCUCUAGUGCUAUUAAACAAUCUCUACAUAAUCACCUCACAAUUUAACAUUCUCAUCAUCCUCAGUGAGCGCCGUGUCCUGGUCAGGAAGCCGGAUAUGGAGUUUAUCCCGGGAACACUGGGUGUGAUGCAGGAACACACCCUGGAUGUUACACCAAACAGACGUUCACACACUCGUCCACACUUGUCACAGCCAACCCUCCUACCCGCACGCUUGUGGGAGGAAACCAGAGAACCCAGAGGAAACCUACACACAGUAACUCGAGCUCAGGAACCAGCCUGGAACCCUGGCGCUGUGAGAACACGCUACACACUGCCAUGUUUAUUCUCUCAGUUUUCCUCUAGCGCUCAUCUACACUACACACUCUUACACUGCUCAACGCUGCCAUCUUGUGGCUAAACACCGACAUUACACUUAACAUCCAGUAAAAGAUUUCAUCCUCAAACACUUGGGUUGGUUUCAAGUGAUAUUAAAGCUGAAUCCCUUCGUGUUACGUGUGUGCGUAAAGGUGUGUGAAUCUCUUACAGUGUUCAAGAACAUGUACACGUACACACAGAUUUCUAAAAAUGUGUGUAAAAGUGCGUAAUUGUAUAAUGUAUGCGUUAUUAUUAUAAACGGUCUAAAAUACAUCCUUUUAAUAUGCAAUAUAAAUAAGAGAGAUAAGAUGGAUGAAUCAGUCAGACACUGUUAACGAUGUUAAUCGAUGAUGAUGAUGAGCAGCUGAUCUUUGUGGGUAUCCUCAUUAGCAUUAAGUUUCCAUACGUGACUGUACUCCAGUAAGUGAACAAGGGUUUCAGGUUACUAAGCGUACCAGUUCCCUCGUGCCCUAUUGUCCUGGUUUCCUAGCACUGUAGUUUGGGAUUUCCCGAAUGUCCCAGUUCCCAACUGUUCUAGCUUCCUGGUCGAUAAGCGUCGCAGUUUCGUCGACUUGUUUUUAUUAGCUCACUAGUGGCCUUGUUUCUUCAUUCCCUCGGUCCCUACAGAACACUGCUUUUCAGCUAAUGUCCUCAUUUCUUACCCUUUACUUUCUUUCCAGGUACUUUCGUAUUCUAGUUGUUCAAUAACGCAGCGUCAUGAUUCCCCAACGUCCCGUUUUCCUCGUGAUCUGGCGAUUUCUUGGUAAUUUAAUACUGUAAUUCAGUGUCCUAACGUGUCCUAACGUUCUAGCUCCUCGGUAAUCUGCUUUCUCGGUUCCCUGAUGUCCUAAUCUGUUCACUUUAUUUAAAUAUCCAGUUCAGGUCCACUAAACAUAAAACUCCAGAACUAACUGACGAUGACUUUUCUGUUGCUCUUCUCGGGAUCCCAGUCCAGUCUUUAAACCUUCUUCUAAACCGUCUUUCAUAAAACUCUCCUCUGUCUGAGCAAACAUGUCUCGCUCUGUGGUUAGUCCCGGGGCUGAUGGGUUCCCGAUGAGCCAAAUUGUCGAUAGAAAUGUGUACGAUUGAAUAAAUUGCAAUAGUUGUUUACUUUACUGUGUCCAUGUCCCCAUGUCUCACCGUCUAGUCUCCUCGCUUUCUACUUAGCACCAUAGUUCCCCAUUCUCCUUCGUUUCUGGCUUCCGGCUCGCUCAUUUCUCCAGUGUCCUGGACCCCUAAUGUCCUAGUAAUUGUGAAUAAAUACGUUAUGAAUAAUCAACGUUGACUACGUUUACAUGGACAGCAGUAAUCUACUUAUCGACCUUAUUCUGACUAAGACAUUCUGAUUAAGGUGUUUACACGAGUCGCUUUGAGAAUAUUUGACAUGUUAUAGAACAUAGUUCAGUUAACAGCACACGUCGUUACGUCCCCACGCCACGCCAUCCGACGUUCCCUGCAGAAUUUCACGUAUCGAUGUACGUUAUGGAACCGUAUACAGUUUCAUUUUUAAUUUUACGAAAGCUUCGAGUGCGGUUAAUUAUUUGUCGUGCUAUACGUGUGGAUAGACGACGGUUUGAAGCUGUGGGCUGUGUCCCAAACUGCGUAAUUACCUAACUACAUGUAUUUCGCCUACUACACAGCAGGUAAGGACGCGGUUUGGGACGCAGCCGUGCUCUCUUGUUUGUGUACGUGUCCUGUCUCUAAAUGCGGUGAAAACUCCCACAUGGCGUUAAUAGUGUGAUUAAGGUGUGUACGUGUCUGUAAUACACUUCGAUAAUCGACUAAAACAGGAGUACUCCACACGUCUUAAUUCCAUUCUUUCUGUAGGACUUUAGUCGGAUUAAGGUCAUCUAUAAUCUCUGUUUACAUGCUAGUUUCUUAAUCAGAGUAUCGUCUUAAUCGGGUUAAUAUCGAAUUAUUGCUGUCCAUGUAAACGCACUGAAUGUACGUACAGGGGACAUGCUGAAAUAUCCAUUAUUUUAAGAUUACUGCCCCCUCGUGGCCACGCCUGCGGUGUGCAAACUAACAGCGCACAGUGGGACGAUCCGUUUCUAUAGAAACACGUGCAAUUCAAAUUCAAAUCUGGAGACCGUUAAGAUAAGUUUGUGCGCAUGCGUGUGCUGCACAACGAGAUAAAUAAAUGUUUCUCUCUCUCUCUCUCUCUCUCUCUCACACACACACACACACACACACACACACACACACAUACUGUUCAGUGGUCCAAUCAGAGCUUUAUUAUAGGCGGUUUACGAUUAAAGCGUCAUCGUUUGUGGGCGGGGUUUCGGGACAACCUGCAAAACACAUAGGCAGGUUUGUACCGGUCAGUUCAGCUCGCGGACGCAGGAGACACAGGAGACGCGCGCGCUGUCCACACCGACCGAGAUUAAAGUCGAGGAUUGAUUUAUUUUCCUUCACGCGGACGCGGAGGUGUGACUGCGGGAUGUGCGCGCGAGUCUGUUGUGCGCGGGAUCACGUGUGCACGCGGGAGAAAAAUACUGAUCCACCUCCAUGUCACCGCACCGGCUUUGACUCGUCUUCAUCUUCAACUCUGAGGCCUUUCGCUCGUUUCUCCACGUGCUCUCCGUAAACACGGCAUGGGGAACGGAUUGUCCACGGUGGGACCGUUCCAGUCGCUACACGUGGUGAUGCUCGGGCUGGACUCGGCAGGAAAGACCACGGUUCUGUACCGCCUCAAGUUCGACGAGUUCGUGAACACGGUUCCGACCAUCGGCUUUAACGCCGAGCGCGUACGUGUGAACAACGGCGCCGCGCGGGGGAUCAGCUGCCACGUGUGGGACGUGGGCGGCCAGGAGAAGCUGCGUCCGCUCUGGAAGUCGUACAGCCGCUGCACGGAUGGCAUCGUGUACGUGGUGGACUCGGUGGACGCCGAGCGGCUGGACGAAGCCAAGGCUGAGCUUCACAAGGUGGCACGGCUCACCGAGAACCAGGGAGCGCCUCUGCUCGUCAUCGCCAACAAGCAGGACCUGCCCGGCUCCCUGCCUGCCGCCGACAUCGAGAAGAGGCUGGGGCUGCGAGAGCUCGGACCCUCCGCCGCGUACCACGUGCAGCCCGCCUGCGCCAUCAUCGGUGAGGGGCUGCACGAGGGCAUGGACAAGCUGUACGACAUGAUCGCCAAGCGCAGGAAGGCUCUGAAACAGAAGAAAAAACGAUAAACCCCUUUCACAUUUACUUUCAUAUCUGACUGCAGUUUUUUAAUAUAUACUUGCGUCUAUAAAUGUAAGCGUGUUUAUAUAUAACUAACCAAAUAAGAGCUUGACAUAGGAUUCAUUUCAGGUGCAAAAAAAACAACAACUGCUGCUGGAAUUCUGCUGUGUAAGAAAGAUAACGCAUGAUAACGUCUUAUUACGAUUCAUAAAUCACAUACUAACGUAAACAAACCAAACCGAAUUUGCACAUGCCAAAAAAAAUCACCAUGAAGAAGAAGAAGAAAAAAGCGAAGAUGAUAAUCCAGGGAAUCGAACGGAUUUUGAUGACAGGAUUCUGGAAAAGUACAGAAUAUAAAAGCACUCGGUUCCAGACCUGACCCUCAGAAUCGCUCGUCAAAGUCCCCAAGACGCUGAGAUUAUAAUUCUUCAACAUUAUAAUGAUAUUAAAGGACGGGGCGAUAAGGGCGGGGCAGUACGACUAUAUAAUACCGCUAUUGUGAUAACGAUGUCACGACACGCCUUUUUCCCCAGAGAUGUCGCGUGUAACAUAGAAAUUUCGAGGAGGUGUUAAAUUUGUACUUUUUAAAUUUGUAUCUUUAAAACCUUGUAAACAUUUGCUAAGAGUUUUUAUAUCUUCCCCUUCAUUUUUAGGUGUUUUUUUUUUUCUUCUCGUAUCGUUUUUGUAGGACAUCAAAUCUACGGACUUCACGUGUGUGCUCUUUAUGAAAAAUUCAGGAAUAAAAAACAAAAAAACAAACAAAAAAAAAAACCUUCAAGAAGCAGCCAGAACAUUAUUGUAUUAUAAGUUUAAAUCAAAUAAUAAUAAUAAUAAUAAUAAUACAAAUAAAAACUAGCAAGAAAACCGAACACAAAAAGUCUGGAGAGUUUUAAAACAGUUAUAUUAAAGUGUGUGUGUGUGCGUGUAUAUAUAUAUAUAUAUAUAUAUAUAUAUAU